AGAAAUGUUCCGGACUUGGGCGCGUCCCUCGUACAGAACCGACUCCACACAGAUGGAAUGCGGCUUCUACUGAUUUCCAAUGCCCGCUUCUUCCUGCUCGAUGCAAUCAGCGAAACCCAGUCGAACAAUUCAUUAGAUGAAGAAUCUUCGGUCUGACCGCUGUGUGACUGAAAUGGACUUUCAUUGUCCGUCUAUAUAAAGGCACACGUACCCAGCAACCUGACUGCCAGAACCGACCCAUUCGUGAUCCUCAUUACAGCCUCUCGCUGCGAAACUCCCUCCUCUUAAUCUCACACGUCCCUUUAGCAAUGUCGCGCACUCUCCUCGUCACUGGUGCUACCGGUAAACAAGGCGGUUCUGUAAUAGCUGCAUUGCUUGCUGCCCAGGCCGAUUUUAAUAUCCUCGCCCUUACACGAGACGUCUCAUCACCCUCGGCGAAGAAGUUGGCAGCCAGAUCCACCAAGAUCACACUUCUAGAAGGCAACUUGGAUGACACAGAUGCCGUCUUCAAGAACGCCAGCAAGGUCGCGACUUCGCCUAUAUGGGGUGUUUUCAGCGUUCAAGUAACCCCUGCGAUAAACAAAACGGGACCGAUCAUCGAAGAGAAGCAAGGCAAAGAUCUUGUAGAUGCCGCUCUUAAGAACAAGGUUAAGCAUUUCGUCUACUCCUCUGUCGACCGCAACGGGCUCAAAUCGAUCGAGAACCCCACCGACAUUCCCCAUUUCAUAAGCAAGCACAACGUCGAGCUCCAUUUGUUACGCAGAACUACUGGGACUGACAUGGGCUGGACCAUACUCCGCCCCGUCGCAUUUAUGGAGAACUUUGACGGCGGUCUUGUUGGCAAAAUCUUUGCCUCGUGUUGGAAAUUGGUUGUGAAAUCUCGACCUCUUCAACUCAUUGCGACGGCCGACAUUGGAGCAUUUGCAGCCAAAGCGUUCACCGAUACCAAUAAAUUCGUUGGCAAGAGCAUCUCGCUCGCAGGGGAUGAGUUGACGUACGAUCAGAUGGCUGCGGUAUUCAAGGAGAAGACUGGGUCAGAGGUGCCCUUGGCCGCUGGCAUCCUGGCAAGGAUGACGCUGUGGCUAUCGAAGGAAAUGGGCACCAUGUUUGCCUUCUUUGAAAGAGAAGGGUAUGGUGCUGAUGUCAAAGAAUUGCGGUGCAUGCAUCCUGAGCUUAAAACGCUAGGCACUUGGUUGGAAGGAAGCGUAUAUGUGAAGCGCCCAUAGUCGGUGUUGUUUUUGGUUCACCUUGGACUGUGUAAUCACCCUGCGACUCCAUUUCUCUUCUACCAUUGCUCACACUACGUGUAGCAUUUAUCCGCUUAUCAUGUGUAGUAGUUAUAGCAUUUUUUCAUAGUCCUUUGAGGUUACAAGCCUCGUCUUUAAUUGUCAGGGGAAUGUUCUCUAGUACCGCCUCGAUGAUGAUUCCCUUAGUUAUCCUCUU